UCAUGUUUUCGAAUGAAUGUCUGCAUAUUUGAAAGAAGCUGGCUGUCUAAAUAUUUCCAAAUGACAGUUUUUGGAAACGAGAGGGAGAAGAAAAUACCUUGUUGAUACGAUUUCUGAGGUCUACCUCAGAGGAAAUUUGGUAGCCUAGGCUACUCCAAGGACAAUGACCAUCGCUAUGCAGCGUGCGCCAGCGGGAGGGGAAUCCCCGCCAGACAACCACCAACAGCCUCCCCUGCAACCCGGUCAGCCCACAGCUCAGCCCAACCCACAGGGACAACAACAACAGCAGCAGCAGCAACAGCAGCAGUUACCGGGUGCUCAGAACCCUCCUGCUGAGGGCACUGUCCAGGUACCCGUGGGUCAGGCGGCAGAGGCGGGGCAGGGGGACGGCAGUAUAGACAUGAGUGAUGACCAGGAACCAGACUUCCCCCACGCCGAGCUGGCCAAGCUGGACGAGAUGAUCAACCGACCGCGCUGGGUCGUGCCCGUGUUGCCCAAAGGAGAGCUGGAAGUGCUACUGGAAGCUGCUAUAGACCUCAGCAAGAGAGAAUUGGACACAAGGAGUGAAGCAUGCCAGAGAUUUUUCAGAGAAGGUUUGACCACAUCAUUUACCAAAGUGCUGACAGAUGAAGCAGUCAAUGGCUGGAAGUAUGAUAUCCAUAAAUACAUUUUACGCAACGCUGAGAAGCUGGUAGAGCUUUGUGUAGCUAAGCUGGCUUACGACUGGUUUCCCUUGUUAGAGUUAUUGGCCAUGGUAUUCAAUCCACAGUGCAAGUUCCAUGUGUACAAUGGCACCCGACCCUCGGAGACUGUCCCUGCCAACUCCCAGCUGGCUGAUGAUGAACUGUUUGCCAGACCCCCAGAUCACAGAACCCCACGGGGUUGGUUGGUAGAUCUUGUGAAUCGGUUUGGAGACUUGGAUGGUUUUCAGAUAUUGCUGGACAGGUUCCUUCAGGGCCCACAACUCUCUGUUCCAGUCAUAGCUGCUCUUAUCAAGCCAUUUGGACAGUGUGCUGAAGUUCUAACGCCUCAUACCAUACAGAAAUACUUCAUGCCUAUCGUGGAAAUUGUACCAGAGUUUUUAGAUUCUUUGACUGAUGAGGAGCUGAAGAAAGAGUCGAAAACGGAAGCGAAGAAUGAUGCCCUGUCAAGUAUUGUGAAGGCCUUGAAACAGCUGGUAGCCAGGGUUCCGAACCAGGAGGAGACUGUGAAAAGUUUGGAGAUCUUCCGCCUCAAAAUGAUCCUAAGGCUUCUACAAAUUUCCUCUUUCAAUGGCAAGAUGAAUGCCCUGAAUGAGGUGAACAAGGUAAUAGCCAACGUCUCAUUCCACGCCAGUAGACAGAUUGAGGAAGAUGAGUGGUUGACAGCUGUUAAAAUGGCGGAGUGGAUCCAGGAAAACAAUGUGCUGUCGAUCGUGUUGCGAGACAGCCUGCACCAGCCUCAGUAUGUGGAGAAGUUAGAGAAGAUUCUCAGGUUUAUGAUCAAAGAGAAAGCUCUCAGUCUACAGGAUCUGGAUAAACUAUGGGAAGCUCAGUCUGGCAAACAUGAAGCCAUUGUGAAGAAUGUUCAUGACUUGUUAGCAAAGUUAGCCUGGGACUUUUCCCCAGAGCAGCUUGAUCAUCUCUUUGACUGUUUCCAGGGAAGUUGGGCAAAUGCAAGUAAAAAACAGAGGGAGAAACUGUUGGAGCUGAUCAGGAGACUUGCAGAGGAUGACAAGGAAGGCAUUAUGGCACACAAGGUGUUGGGCUUAUUAUGGAACUUGGCCCACAGUGAGGACGUACCCACAGAUAUCAUGGAUCAGGCCCUCAGUGCUCAUAUCAAGAUUUUAGAUUACAGUUGUUCUCAGGAUCGAGAUGCUCAGAAAAUCCAGUGGAUAAACAAGUUUGUGGAAGAACUGAAGAAUGACAAAUGGGUUCUACCAUCUCUAAAACAGAUUAGAGAGAUCUGUCAAUUGUUUCAAGAGGCCCCUCAGAACUUCCCACACACCCAGAGGACUCCCCAUGUGGUGUAUAGAAAUCAUGUAAUAAGUCAGCUUCAGUCUCAGCAUGCAAUUGUCAUGCUGGUGGCACAGAAUUUGGCUGGUUACAUGAACAAAGCCAGGAUCUUUGCCAAAGAUCAUGUGGACUCGGAGCCCAACAACAUUUUACCUGACGGCAGGUUUAACCAUGUUCAGCAGGUGCAGGAGCGACUGCGCUUCCUCAGGUUCUUGUUAAAAGAUGGUCAGUUGUGGCUAUGUGAACCUCAGGCCAGACAGAUAUGGAAUUGCCUGGCUGAAAAUGCUAUCUACAUCACAGAUAGAGAAUCGUGUUUUAAAUGGUUUGCAAAGCUCAUGGGAGAAGAGCCAGAUUUGGAUCCAGAAAUCACUAAGGACUUUUUUGAAAGCAACAUCCUUCAGCUAGAUCCGUCACUUUUGACUGAAAAUGGCAUGAACUGCUUUGAGAGGUUUUUCCGACAUGUAAAUGUCAAGGAAUCCAAGCUGACAACAAAAAGGCGUGGAGGACAUGUGAUGAAUGAUUUGGAGCUGAUUGGCAUGGAGUAUUUAUGGAGGGUUGUGUUGUGGAGUCCAGAUGAAGUAUCAGGGAAGGCCAUAGCAUUACUGAAAGACACUUAUACUAAUCUGGGUCCAAGAUUGCAAUCUAGUCAGGUUGAUAUCCAUGAGGAUUUUAUUGGCACUUGUGUGGAUCGAUUAAAAGCCUCAUACGACACAAUCAGCAUCCUGGACAAGGAAAAAGACAGUACAAACCGUGUGAUGCAGGAGGCGACUAGGAUGGUGCGCGUGAUCACCGUCCUGAAGGAGUAUGUCGCUGAGUGUGAUGACGCGUAUGGUGAGGAGAGGUCCAUCCUGCCACUGAGCAGGGCUUGUCGUGGUAAGCUGGUCACGCUCAUUGUGCGGUUCCCAAGUCAAGGAAGACAACUGGAGGAUCUGGACGUCUGGUCACAUACAAAUGACACUAUCGGUUCUGUCCGAAGACAGAUUCUACAUCGGGUCAAAGCCAACAAUGUUAACAUCAAAGUAGAUCUCUACAUCAAUGGAGAGCUGUUAGAUCCAAGCGAAGAUAAAAGACUUAUAUUACAGAUGCAGCUGAGGGAUAAAACGAUGAUCACAGCCAAAUUGGUGCAGGUGGGCAGUAACAUGCCAUCUAGUCCAGACAGUAGCUCUGACAGCUCAGCAGGGUCCCCUCACAAUGCCUACGAUGGACCGAAUAGCGAAGCUGAGAGUUCUCUGCCUGGAGUGCUGAUGUCUAUGAAUCAACGGUAUGCCCAGUUUCUGUUUCAACUGUCUGACUUGGGCUGUCGUCUGUUGUUGCCAAAGCUCCGUGAUACAGCCCGACAGCUGCUCAAGUUGAUGCCUGCAGACAAGAACAUUGUGGACAAAUUACGCAACAUCUGCUCAGAAUCCCUCAAGUCUGAUUCCAGCUCAACAACAUUAGAAAGUCUCUUCUUUGGUCCAUCACCUACACAAGUUCUGUACACAUUAGAGGUGUCGUACAGUAUGUUAAUGCCGGCCCAAGACCCACUGUCAGAUGAUGCCUUCGACUUUCAGUAUAACUUUGUUCGAGCAGGAGGGAUUUCGCUAGCCCUGAACAUGUUGACAAAGAACAACUUUUUACCAACAGCAGACUUGCCUACAAGACGAACUGCCUAUGUGACCGUGUUAAAGAUCUGCAAACUCAUGCUGACGACAGUGGGGCAUGCUAAGGUACAAGUGGUGGCUGAGGCGUGUCAUGCGGAUUCCCAGGGUCCACCCAUCACAGCGUUUGAGCACAAUCACGCAGUGAUCCUCCAGCAGGCUCUACACAGCAUCCCUAACCCUAGCGCUGAGUUCACAACAAGAAACGUGGCCAUGAGGCUGGGACAGCAGCUCGGAGAUCAGGCUACAGGUGUAGUGCCUAACCUGGACACAGUUAAGGCUGUACAGAAGAUAGCCUGGUCAGCCAGCAGUGGCUCUCUACAUCUGGUCCAUGCCUCUAAUGAGGAUAUUCACAAAGCAUUUGAAAAGGUCAAGCAAACCCAGGAGGGUGAGGACAUGUCAGUGGCCAGAGAAGCCAUGGAGGUACUGACCAUCUGCUUAGCCCUCUGCCCUUCAGCCCUAGAAGCCCUCAACAACAACAACAAGGCCUGGCAGUGCUUCAUAGUCGACUUGCUCCUACUCUGUAAAAAUAGAAUGGUGAGAAUGGCUGCCACAGAACAGUUUUUCCUUGUGGCCACCAAGUGUAGUUCUGGAGACAGACCUCUUAUCUUCUUUAUCCUUCUUCUCUUUACCGUUUUAACGAAUACAGCUGUAGAAAAUCCAAAGCAAUCCCAGGAGUAUUUUCAGCUUCUGUGUAGGUUAUUAAAUUAUGCUUGUGCCAGUGAAACCCGGCUUCCCAAUGCUGAGGUUCUCCUCAACAAUGAGAUCACAUGGUUGAAGAAAAUCAGGGAUCAGGUGCUGACAUCAAGUGAUAACCAGAUUGAGGAGGCCAUCCUGGAGGGACAUCUGGGCCUUACUCGAGAACUGCUAUCAUUCCAGUCCUCAGAGAAAAAGUUCCACAACGGAUCGGAGAAAGGGGGUGCAAAUCUGAUCAAGGAGCUAGUAGAGGACUUCAUAUUUCCGGCAUCAAAGAUUGUUCUUCAGUGCCGCAAAUUGAAUGGGGAGUUGCCUUCUGAGAACGCUGUUCCAGUGUGUGCGACUCCUAUGACUGUGAUAGCUGCCUUUGACCUCCUGGUCUCCCUGUGUACGGGCUGUGUGCAAAACCUGAAGUGUCUGGCUAACAUGCUGAUAGACAUGUACUACAGAGAUGAGUCUCCGCUAACAGAGUGGGAGUACCUUCCCCCAAUUGGUCCUCGCCCGUACAGAGGGUUUGUGGGGCUGAAGAACGCAGGAGCCACGUGUUACAUGAACUCAGUCUUACAACAGUUGUUCAUGAUUGAACCUAUCCGUAUUGGGAUACUAGCCGUGGACGGGGCGGCCGAUGACAUCGAGGAGGACUACAUUGAUGAUAAAGCCGAGAAUGAGAUCAAUGUGGACCUGGGUGAAGAGGAGAGAAAAGAUGAAGAAAAGCCUGUGAUAUCCAAAGUGGAGGAGAGGAAAGAUUAUAACAUGGGAGUGCUCAAACAGAUACAAGUCAUCUUUGGUCACCUGGCCAACAGCAAACUACAGUACCAUGUGCCCAGGGGCUUCUGGAAACAUUUCAAAUUAUGGGGAGAGCCUGUAAAUUUACGAGAACAGCAUGAUGCCCUGGAAUUCUUCAACAGCCUGGUGGACAGCCUGGAUGAAGCUCUUAAAGCACUAGGCCAGCCCACCAUUCUGUCUAAAGUUUUAGGAGGAUCAUUUGCUGACCAGAAAAUCUGUAAAGAUUGUCCCCAUAGGUAUCAGAGAGAGGAGUCGUUCACGACUCUGAAUGUUGACAUCCGUAACCAUCAGAAUCUCCUGGAGUCACUGGAGCAGUACGUCAAGGGAGACCUGCUGGAAGGGGCGAAUGCUUACUACUGUGAGAAGUGUGACAAGAAGGUUGAUACUGUGAAGAGAUUAGUGAUAAAGAAACUUCCCAAAAUAAUGGCCAUUCAGCUGAAGAGAUUUGACUACGAUUGGGAAAGAGAAUGUGCAAUCAAGUUUAACGACUACUUUGAGUUCCCUCGGGAAUUUGAUAUGGAGCCAUAUACAGUGCAUGGACUUGCCAAAAUAGAGGGGGAGAUAAUCGACGAUGACGUGAAUGUAAAGUGCACAAGCACAAAGUUCCGAUUGACGGGUGUCGUGGUUCACAGCGGGCAGGCCAGUGGCGGACAUUACUACUCAUACAUCUUACACAAACCACCAGGAGAGCCUGUGGCUAAAUGGCAGAAGUUUGAUGAUGGAGAGGUGACAGAGUGCAAGAUGGAUGACGAGGAGGAGAUGAAAAACCAGUGCUUUGGCGGGGAGUAUGUAGGGGAAGUGUUUGACCACAUGUUAAAGAGGAUGUCCUACCGGCGCCAGAAGAGGUGGUGGAAUGCAUACAUCCUGUUUUAUGAGAGGAUAGAUGAAGAAGACCCUGUGGAGGAUGUGAAUAAGGCUGUACAGGAUCUUUCCAUAGUGCCAAAAAGCAGCAGUCUCAAAAUGCCAUGUACGAUCGAGAGAUGUGUGAGGAAACAGAACAUACUGUUCAUGCAUGACAAGAACCAGUUUUCUGUGGAGUAUUUUCAGUUCAUGAGGAAGUUGUUGUUGUGCAACGCCCAGUAUGUCAGCUUGCAGAGCGCACAGGAUAAACUGUCUGUGGAAGCAGAAGACCUGGCUAUGAUUAGCGUCCAGCUGGGCUCAAAAUUCCUGUUCAAUGUGGGAUUUCACACAAAGAAAACCUUAAGAGGCCCAGCCAACGAGUGGUACGACGCCCUCAGUAUCCACCUCCGCUACAGCAAGACAGUGCGCAGCUGGUUUGCCCACAAUGUUCUGUUUGAGCCUCCAGGGAGGUUUGGAGAGUACCUGUUGGAGUGUCCCAGCUCAGAGGUCAGAAGUGCCUUUGCUAAGAUGAUCGUGUUCGUGGCCCACUUCUCCCUGCCGGAUGGUCAGUGUCCACCUCCCCUCAUCUCAGCAGGUCAAAGCACCGAAUCUAGUGCCACCCUCUCUGAUCAUUUGCUACUGGCUGUGCUGAAUCUGCUAAAGAAGGAAGUCUCGGAGCAUGGCCGGCAUCUGCAGCAGUAUUUCCACCUCUUCCUGAUGUAUGCCAGUCUCGGCGUGGCAGAGAAAGUGGAACUCCUGAAGUUAAAUGUGCCGCACAUGUUCAUGUUGGUGGCGCUAGACGAGGGACCUGGUCCACCAAUCAAAUACCAGUAUGCAGAGCUCAACAAGCUGUACUCAGUUGUCUCCCUUCUCGUGCGUUGCUGUGAUGUGUCCUCACGUUGUCGGUCGUCUGUAAACGGCCAACCUCCGAUGCCCAACCCCCACGGUGACCAACAGUGUACUCAGUACCUGAUGCCCAUACAGAGCCAAGUGGCAGAAAUCCUCUUUAGCAGAACCAGCUAUGUGAAGAAGUUGAUAGAAGACUGUAACAACUCUGAAGACACCACCAAGUUGUUACGGUUCUGCAGUUGGGAAAAUCCCCAUUUCUCCUCGACAGUGUUGAGUGAACUCUUAUGGCAGGUGGCGUAUUCAUACACCUACGAGCUGAGGCCCUACCUGGACCUGUUGUUACAAAUGCUGCUAUUGGACGACUCCUGGCAGAAUCAUAGGAUACACAACGCUCUCAAAGGAAUCCCUGAUGACAGAGAUGGACUGUUUGACACUAUCCAGAGGUCAAAAAACCACUACCAGAAACGAGCAUACCAGUGUAUUAAGAUGAUGGUGACCUUGUUUACACACUGUAUACCAGCAGCCCAAAUGUUACAGACCAACGGAGAUCUGAAGAGGAAGUGGACCUGGGCCGUGGAGUGGCUCAAUGAUGAGUUGGAGAGGAGACAGUACCCAGGUAACACCCAGUACACUUACAACAACUGGUCACCCCCGGCCCAGUCCAAUGAGACGUCAAAUGGGUAUUUCCUGGAAAGGUCACACAGUGCUAAGAUGACGCUCACCAAAGCUUAUGAGCUCUGCCCAGAAGAGGAGGCUGAGGACGGAGAGUUGACAGAUGAACAGGACAGCAGUCCGCAGCCCGAGGACAGCGUCCCUGGCUACAGCCAAUCACCUUCCUCCUCCUCACAGAACGGUCAGCCACGCAACAGUGGGGGCGGAGGAGGCGGUGGUGGUAGUAGUAGUGGCGGCAGCGGUGGUGGCAGUGGGCAGGUCCAGAACAAUCAGGUGACCAUGCCAGCUACUCACCAGCCAGUCCAGCCAACCAAUCAGAUCAACAACCAGCUGAACCAGGCGGAGCCCAAGUCACGCCUCGAGCUGCUCCAGCCGCAGAACUCUCCACCUCUGGAUACAGACACCUGCGAAGAGGAGAGCAGCAACAAGGGAACUAACUCUGACUGAACUUGUGCAGCAUAGUCAGUCCUGCUUUUUUCCUGAGUUAGUGAUCUACCUGUUACACUGGCUGUCUGUCUGUGACUGCUUUAUAAGACGCCUACCCACCCACACCCCCCCCCCCCCAUCCCCUCUCAGCUUUGCUCAUUUUAUCUGCCACGCUUCAAACUCUCUUUCUCUGAGCUGUAUAUACAGAAGCACUCUUCUCUCGCCUUUUUUUCUAACUGAUUUACUGACCGAAUUCUUGUUAAUUACACAUACAUGUGUGCACGUGUUUUGCCCUGGUAUCAUAUGUGGCAUUAUCUGAUUACAGAGCCAUCCACCCAGAACCCUGUAUAUAUGUGUGCGUCAAAAAAGGAUUUUAUCCUGUGUGCACGCUCUAGUAAUAGUGUAGUGUAUUGUUUUCUUUUGUAAAUAUGAAAUCAGUGCUGAUGAUUAGCUUUUUCCCAUGUUUGCAUAUGUUGCCUGGACUUUAGUUUGGGGCUGCCAGCUGUGAUAAUUUUAUUUUAUAUCAUAACAUUGGGCUGUUUGGAUUUGUUACUCUUGCUCCGCUGAGCAAGCUGCUUACUUGUAGCUUGGGUGUUCUUACGUCUAUGUUUGUGUACUGUCAUUAAAUGUCACUGAGUGAUAUCCCUCUGCGCAAUGCUUGUGUUGAAGUGCCCUGAUUUUGUCUCGCGCUUCUCACGUAAAACAUUGCAUAUUAUUGUCUAAAGAAACACAACUGUGUUUGGUUACUCGAUAUGGCUGGCAUUAUGCAAAAAGUAUUCACUAAAUACUGAAUGAGGAACUAACAGGUACAUGAAACACCAUGGGAAAUAGACCUGGCGUCUGAAAAUCGUUGGAGGAAGUGUCAGUUGAAUGGCGAAUGGCGAACUCGUUACAACCACUAAACAACUUUGGGCGAUGUGCUCUAACUUGUUUCAGACGCCAAAAGAUUGAGUGCAAACACAAAAAGAUGAUGUACAACAUGCUGCACUAUUACAGAAUGC